AAGAAGAGAAAGAGGAAGUGGAAAACCCAAAGAAUUAGUACUUCGUUUCUUCAACCUAAAACCAAAUCACAAAUGUCUUUGUUGUCUAAUAUAAUCUUCUUGGCCUAUAAAAUCAUAGAGAUCUAUCUCUGUUUUCUCACAAAACAAACCACUACCUAUAAACCAAAAACAAAGAGCAGGCCUAAAACAGAAGAGAGAGAGAGAGAGAGAGAGAGAGAGAGAGAGAGAGAGAGAGAGAGAGAGAGAGAGAGAGAGAGAGAGAGAGAGAAUGGCUAACUUUGGAAUUGAACGGGUUUACCAAGAAUUUGAGCCUGCAACUAGAUGGACCUCCGAACCAGACGCUGAGGUCCUUGUCGCUGAUCUUCCAGGAUUCAAGAAAGAACAACUUAAGGUGGCGGUGACCGCAACAAGAAAGCUAAGACUUAUAGGAGAACGUGCAACUGGUGGAAACAAAUGGAUUCGCUUCCACAAGGAAAUUCCUGUUCCCUUGACUGUUGACACUGACUCGAUCUCAGCUAUGUUCAAGGACAACAAACUCUACAUCCGACAUCCCAAAAUCAAAACAGAAAUCCCUCAAACUAAGCCACCAUCACCAGUCAAACCACCGGUGAUCAUGAAAACCCGUGAUCAGCAUGAGAGAAAACAAGACCAGGCUCCAAAAGCAAUGGUUGAGAAGCCGAGCGGUGGUAAAACCGAUCAUGAUGCACAGAAGCUGAAACAUGAUGCACAGCAGGUCAAACAUGAUGCACAACAAAAGGCAAGGGAAGUACAGAAUGGAAAAAAGGAAUUAACUGGUGAGCCUAAAGGACAGUUGAGUUCCAAGGAUGAGGAGAAAGACAAAGUUGGAGCGAAAUGGUUCGAGAAGUACAAAGAGGCAACUGGAAAUGUGGUAAAGGAAGCUAAGAACAAAAGACAGUUACUUUGCAAUUUGGUUGCUUCGUUGUCAUUGGUUCUGCUAAUCUUACUGUAUGCUAGAAAUGCAGUGCGUUCAUCCCUUGUGUGGAUUACCGAGGAAUGAGUGACCCUUACAUUUGCAUCUCACAAUGUAUAAGCUCAUUCAUGCAAAAAAAUAAAUAAUAUUUGCUAAUUCCAUGUGACGAGAAA